GGCUGUCACGCAGACUCCAGCCUGCUAUUGAUUUUAGCAUUAUCAGUACCUGUACGUACUUAUUAGAGUUUUAGCAUUCCUUCGGAUUCGCCGAAGCUUGCUUGAGCACUUGGCGCUAACUGCGGUGAUUCCAGAGGUGAGCAUGGCCAUCAGUACCUCGGGAGAAUUUUCGGAACUCGAACACAAAGGUGUUGCCGUUCUCUAUUUUCUCUUUGGUGUUUUUGGAGUGUUGACGAAUUCGUUCACACUGAAGACAUUUUGGAAAGAUGGGGUGUUGAUCUCCCCCAAAAAUAUCCUCCAUAUCAACCUAGCCUUCUCUAACGUCCUUGUGGUCCUCGGUUUCCCCUUCUCGGGCCUCUCCAGCUGGCACGGGAGGUGGGUGUUUGGUGACCAGGGUUGUCAGCUGUACGGCUUCGAGUCUUAUACAGGAGGAAUUGCCUGCACAGGGUUUGUCUUCGCCUUGUGCUUUGAACGCUAUUUGGCCAACCAACAGAGACAACUAUACGAAUCGAUGACCUGCAGCACAUGGUGGCUCAUCACCUUAGCUGUCUGGCUGCACGCGAUGGUGUGGGCCCUCUUUCCAGUGAUAGGAUGGAGCAGUUACUCUAUGGAGGCCUCGGGAGUGGCCUGCGGUCUGAGUUGGUUGAAACAUGAUUUUAACCACACAACGUUCGUCAUCGCUAUGGCCGUGGAGCACUGUGUCAUUUAUCUGUUGGCUUUCAUCUUCUUAAAGUCUGCCAAAAGUUCCGUGGACUCGCCCGUGGUUUUGGAGGUCAACACACGUAACUGGUUCACCGAGAAACAGCUUGUCUGGAUAACGUUUGCAUUUCUGUUGAUUGCCGGGAUAGGCUGGGGCCCCUAUGGGUAUUUCGCCAUUUGGAGCCAGCAUACCCAAGUCACCAGCAUUUCAAUGAUGGCUGUCACUUUGCCGCCAUUGUUUGCCAAAGGUUCGGCUUCUUUUUACAUCAUUCCUUACCUCGUAGCCAGUGAGCGUUUCCGCGACGCCAUUGUCGGAGGAGAGGUGGCGGUGAAAAAGGACGCAUGAAUACGCUCUAAAACUCAAUCUACGUCAUCAAGAUAAGGAUAUUUAUAAAACUGUUGUCUGCACAAGCAGAAGCCAAGACGAGUUGUUUUUUAUUCGAAAACAUUAAAUGUUUGUCUAUGAAAUUUUGUAUACAAGUAAUAUAAUAACUUGCAUUAUUGCUCCGCGAACAUUGUAUACGUAUAUUGUAAGAAAUCGUAAGUGCAUGCUUGCAUACAGCUGUUUUGUUAUUUUGACCAUGAUCGUGUUUCGCACUGUGUUAUAUGUUUAUCAUUUAGUAUUAUUGGAAGAUGAAAUAAAGUUUCGAGACUGGA